AUGUCUGGGAAGAAAUGGAAGAGCCCACUGGAGAAUUGGGAAGAAGAAAAUCAGGACCCUAACCUCGCUUUCACCUUGGUGGCGCAGAAUGAGCGAGCCAAGCAGAUGUGGGCCGACCCCCACAAUAGUUCGAGAUAUGUCCCUGCCUCGUUCACUAGGAGAAAACCCAAGGACCGGUCUCUUAGGGUAAUCACUCCUCCCCUGCCAGAUUCUGAGAACAAAGACCAGCCAAGACUCGAGAUCAAAGAAGAGACGGAGCCAGCGCUUCAGUUCCUGUUCAGCGAUUGGCCCAAGAAUUUCGCAAAAGGAUUCGUACUGGGGAGCUAUGACAAGCCCUGUGAUGCUUUGUUAGGUGACCCUGGCGAUUACAUAAGCCAACAGAUGCUCGCCUUCACUUUCAACAAACACCAUCAACUCAUCAUGAAUGUCACAUCGGACAACCGAACAACAGUCACCUUUAAUAAUCAGAAAGAAGGGAAGCGGACGCGUUUUUCCUGGAUCUUCCCUCGCGGACAGGAAAUGAUUCGCGUCAGGGUGGCGGAUGUACUCGUAUUUGAUGUUGUUAUGCCCAAGUACGGGAUCAACAAAGAUCAAUUUCACAGGAACUGCGAAUCAUUUCUUAGCGCAGCUGCCAGUGGGGACCCGCUAGCGGACGACCUCGACAUCAAGAGUGUAGCGGCUACUGGACAGGCAAGUGGUACAUCAAGUCCUCCAGAUCCGUUCUAUCUCCGAGGGAAGAAACUCGGCAGUGGGUCGUAUGGUGAUGUUUUCAAAGUCCUUCGAAUGCCCGACGGGAAAAAUUGCGCUGCAAAGGAGUUCAAGAGUACGAAUUCCAUGAGGCAAGAAGUCGACAUGCUUAAAAAAGUCUGCCAGACAUUUCAUUUUGUUGAGGAAUGGCACGAGGAUUAUAAGCCACUGCUGGUUAUGGAGUACGUGGCUGGAGGAAACCUUCAACAACGAAUGAAGGUACGCAUGGAGUUUGAGGAGAUUGCGAGCCUUGCCGGCCAGACCCUCUCUGCCCUGGCAUUCCUCCAUGACCAAGGCGUGAUGCAUCGGGAUAUUAAGCCCGCGAACAUCCUUUGCGUGACUCCAAAUCACUACAAGCUAGCGGAUUUUGGGGUCUCGAGAGAUAUCACUUCCUUGCCAAGCAAGCAAGGAACCGCAGAGUAUAUGGCUCCGGAGGUCCACGCUUGGGCACCUUAUAGCUACCAAGCGGACAUUUGGUCAGUUGGAGUCGUUCUGUUUGAGUGUAUGGAUGAGCUUCCACGUGGAAAUCCACGCACGGAUGGGCGAAGGUGGUGCAAAGGCGUACUCCACAAGUUCACGCGAUACCACGACCAGUGCGAGCAAUCACCAGACAUGAGCGGAAGUGACGCCUUCGAACUCAUACGUCUGGUGAAAGAUGCCAUGCUGCGUCUGGAUGCAGACGAACGACUAUCAGCGCGAAGAUGUGUGAGGCACUACUCGUAUCUGUGGGAAGACCAAGGUGGCAGCGAAGAUUCGGACGCCGGGAGUGGAGCCAACACUCCAACAAACGCACAUCCAAACGGCUCUUUCUCGCCCAAAUCACCGGGCAGUCCAGAAGGUGAUGAGGCAGAGGAAGAGACAUCGAGGAAUGUCCAUAGGGAUGGCGAAGGAACGCCCGAGUGGGGAAGGCAACCUCAGGAUUUCCGCAACGAGGCCAAAACAGCCAUUCGCGGAGACAGUGCCUACAACCCGGCCAGCGCUCCUUACCACCCUCCAUCUGGCGGAGAGACGAUCAACGACCCCAACGUCACCGGUCCCUCAUCCAUCAGCAGAGGAAUGCUCAAUGGCCCGGCCCGCGUCUUUCCCAGCCUCCCGUCCCUGUCAAAACCAAGGAACCAUACACGCUCCAUCUCCGAUGGAGGCAUCAAGCGUCGGCGCGACAGCCAGUCUUCGGCAGAGGGCGGUGAGAAGGAUGGAUCGGUGACACCGGGUCCACUGGCGCCUGACCGUUCGGGUAGCGAAGAUGCGGCUGCUGGACUCGAUGCAAGUUCCUCUGCGAAGAACCACAAGCGGAGCAAACCGUCAGUGUCGAUUCCUGCGCAUCGGACUCCAUGA